AUAAUUUUGUUUCAUAAAGUGGUUGAAGACAUCUCUACUGCUUUUAAGAUACUUGGCUCUUAAAACACAUGCUGAUUAGAACAUACUAAUGCCAGGCUGGUGGCAACACAUAUCAGGGCUAAUUUGACAUAUUUGGUAUGAUGGAAUGUAACAGAGAAGAGGGUUUAAGGGCAGGACGAAUUGCUUUAACAAAGCUAAAAAAGAAAGACUUUAGGGGUGCCCAAAGGAUUGCACUCAAAGCUCAAAGGCUUUAUCCAGAGCUUGAGAACUUGUGCCAGCUGUUAGCUGUCUGUGAGGUGCAUUGUGCAGCAGAGAUAGAGAUCAACGGAGACUUGGACUGGUAUGGUAUUCUUCAAGUGGAAGCAACAGCGAAUGAUGAGGUCAUAACAAAGCAAUACUGCAAACUUUCCUAUUUGCUCCAUCCUGACAAGAAUACUCUUCCUGGUGCUGAAGCUGCUUUCAAGUUGGUUUGUAUAGCUCAUAAAAUAUUGUGUGAUCAUAUGAUGCAUUUUCUGUAUGACAUCAAAACACAGCAUGUUUUCAGAAAAGUGGCAAAGAAGGGUACACAUCUACCAGAAAGUACUCAUGCAAACAAAGGUGAUGCAAUAAGACAUAGGGUCCCAUCUGAGCUUAUAUUGGUGUUCCGGACCAUAUGUCCACAUUGUCAGAAGCAAUUUCUAUUCUACCAAAAGAAUAUUUUUGUGCGCUGUGAUGACUGUGGUAAAACUUUUUUUGCAUUCAAGCUGCAUGAGGAGGCUGUGCCCUUGAGAUUCCUACCACCUGCACCUUAUAAUGCUCAAGUGUCACCAGAGAUGUUAUCGUGUCACCCAAAUCAAUGGCUUGACUGCACAAAGCUUCAAAGUGCAGUGGGGGACAUGGAUUCCAGAGCAACAAUGCAUGCCACACAAUCAGAUGAACAUGUAAAAUGGGAUGGCAGGUCAUGUGAUGAUGGAGAAGGAAACUUCUCAGCGAUAGAAGUAGAGGCAGUUCAACUAUUGGCAAUGGACCAAAUCAUUUCUCCUGAAGCUGCUGUAGAGAAGGAUAAAACUGAAAGCAUGACACUGGAGCCAAACUUGAGUAGAGAAGAUGCACGUGCAUUGUCAAAUGCAAAUGCUGCGGGGUCAUGCAGUCUUCAGAGAUUUGACAAGAGAAAACAAGAUGAUGGCAUAGGCAGUAGCCACAACAUGGACUCCUGUAACAAUAAGAGGCAGAGGAUAUAUGAUUCAGUCUCCAAGGCUAACUCAAGUGAUGAUACAAUGUGUAAUGAGAACGCUGCUAGUGCAGAGGAUCAAUCUUCUGAUCGUUGCCCCAGCAAAUUUGAUAACCCAGAGGAAGGAAAUACAGCACAUGAAGACUGUCAGCAAAUUUACAGGAAACAUACUUCUGAUAUUUCUACCCAGUGGUCAAAUGGAAGUUCUAUGAUUGCCUGUGCUUGUACUGAGAUCUUUAAUUUUGAGACCCACAGGGAGGCCAAUCGGUUUGCAGUUGGUCAGAUCUGGGCCCUUUACGAUAACUUUGAUCUCAUGCCAAGAUUUUAUGCUCAAAUAAUGCAUUUUGAUGCUCACAACGACAAAAUACAUUUGACUUGGUUGGAGCAUGAUGCAACAAAUAAAGAAGAGGAGAAAUGGAUGGAUAAAAAACUCCCUGUUGCUUGUGGAAGCUUCCGCUUACAACCAACAGUAGAUACAUCACAAGAUAGGUUCAUGUUUUCUCACACUGUUGCAUGGACAAAGGGUAUGAAAGGAAACUCGUAUGACAUAUAUCCUAACAAGGGUGAGGUAUGGGCUCUUUACAAGGGAUGGAGCAUGCAAUGGAGCUCAGAUACAGAUAACCAUAGAUCCUACGAGUAUGAGGUUGUGGAAGUCUUGUCUACUAUGUCAGCUGAGGAUGGUGCCACCGUUAUCCCACUGGUCAAGAUUAAGGAUUUUGUCAGUUUAUUCGCGAGAGCUAAGGGCAUGUCAUCAUUUUUUAUACCAUCAAGUGAGCUACUUAGGUUUUCUCACAGCAUUUCCUUUUAUAGGACAAAUGGAAAUGAGAAAAUGGGUGUACCAAGAGGCUUUCUGGAACUUGACACAGCAUGUCUCCCAUCUGACCUGGAUGCAGCAUUUUCUUCUGUCACUCUUGUGUCUUACAUGUUUCUCGGCAACAUGACAGGCUGUGUGUUCGCUGAUUUGACCACUGAGAGUGCAGAUAAUAAAAUGGAUUGUGGAGACGAGUUGAUUACUGGAAAGGAGAAUUCCUUAGAACAAAAUGUUUGCCAGUCAAUUUCUGCAGAUGACACCGUUGAUAUUUCUUCUGAAAAAAAUACAUCAACCCAGAAAAAUGCCCAUGGUGCCAAUGAAUCUGGUGAUUCCUCUCAGCAAACCUGUGUGUUCCCCAAUAGUUAUUCAUACCCUGAUCCUGAGUUCCAUGAUUUCGAGGAAGACCGCUCGUUCAAGAAGUUCAAACAUGGACAAAUAUGGGCUAUGUACAGCGAUGCUGAUAAAUUCCCCAAAUUCUAUGCCUGGAUAAGAAAAGUCGAGCCGGAACCUUUCAGGGUGCAUUUGAAUUGGCUUGAGGCUCGCCCUAAGUCGGAGCAGGAGAAACGGUGGUUGGAGCAGGACCUAUCUAUCAGCUGUGGUACAUUUGAAUUAGUUCGGAACUGGAGAACCGAGUAUGAUGCAUCUAGUUUUUUCUCACAUUUAGUAGAUGCCAGACCAACAGGAAUGAAGAGGCAGUUUGAGGUUUUUCCACAGGUUGGCCAGAUCUGGGCCACUUACAUGAACUGGGCACCGGGCUGGGUUCCACCCUGCGACGGUUCUUGUGAAUACGUGAUUGGUGAGAUCAUCGAGCGCACCGAAGCAGGGACAAAGCUUACUGUCCUCACUCAAGUUGGUGGAUACAGGUGUGUGUUUAAACCUGACAAUACAAAGGGAGUCCUGGAGAUACCUGCUGGAGAGAACUUGAGGUUCUCUCACCGUGUACCGUCGUUCUGCCUGACUGAAGAAAUGGGUGGCACCCUCCGGGGCUUCUACGAGCUUGAUCCAGCUUCUCUCCCUGAUGCCUUCCUUCAUGGGGAUACCUAAGUACCUAACGUAGGUGUCUACUCUUUGGAAGCUAACGACAUAGCUGACUCUUCACUCAGUAGAACUGGACCUGAAUCUCACUACAGGAUUAUUGUGUCUUAGAUAUGUUCUCCUAUCGAAACCUUUCUGUGUACAUAUAUUCCAGUCAGUUUAGUCUUACUAAAUGCUAGAACAGAACCAUGCCAACAUGUUAGCUGGAGGGCUUCCUUGUUCUUCAA